AUGGGAAACUUCUAUUACAGGGCAUUAUUUGUUUUGGCUGUACUUAUACUUGGGACAAGGCUCUGUUUGGCCAAACACACACCAGCAAAUUUUGUUUUUGGAGAUUCUUUGGUUGAUGCUGGACAAGAAAUAGGCUUUAUUGGCAACACACCUCCAUAUUUGGCACCUACCACAGCUGGACAAACAAUUUUGCAAGGUGUGAAUUAUGCUUCUGGUGGAGGUGGGAUCUUAAAUUAUACUGGCAAGAUUUUUGGUGGGAGGAUAAAUCUAGAUGCACAGCUGGACAACUUUGCAAACACAAGGCAAGAAAUAAUCUCAAGGAUUGGUUUUGAUGCAGCCCAAAAGCUGUUAAAAGAUGCAUUAUUCUCAAUUACAAUUGGGUCAAAUGAUUUCAUAAACAAUUAUCUCACACCUUUUGUUCCUUCCAAAGUUGAGCAGCAGCUAAUGCCUCCACAAUCUUUUGUUGGGGCCAUGAUUUCAAAAUACAGAGUUCAACUCAUGAGGCUUUACAGCAUGGGAGCAAGAAAGAUAGUGGUGGCUAAUGUGGGGCCCAUCGGGUGCAUACCAUUUCAGAGGGAAAUAAAUCCAAGUGCAGGGGAUGGCUGUGCUGUUUUCCCCAACCAACUGGCCCAACUAUUCAACGCCCAAUUAAGGGGUCUUUUGAGGGACCUUUCUGCAAAUCUUCAACACUCAACUUUUGUUUAUGCAGAUGUGUACCACAUUGUUGAUGAUAUCAUUCAAAAUUAUUCAUCAUAUGGAUUUGAGAACCCAAACUCGGCCUGUUGUCAUGUGGCGGGAAGGUAUGGUGGGCUAAUUCCAUGUGGGCCUACAUCAAAAGUUUGUGCGGACAGGUCCAAAUACAUAUUUUGGGAUGCUUUUCAUCCAACAGAUGCUACUAAUUCUAUAAUAGCAAGGCGUCUAAUAGAUGGAGACCCUUUGGACAUUUGGCCUAUUAACAUUCGGCAGUUGAUGAAAUCUGCGCCGUCGGAUUGAAUAUUCACCAUAAAUACAGAAAUUGGUAUUGUUUUAUUUUAGCUAACAAAAUUAUUAUUAUUAUUGUAAAAAAGGUGGAGAUUUGGGGAAGAAGAGAGGAUUAUUUCAUUGACUGGAAUUGUUGGUGGAAACUUUUUCAUUAUAUACGGACUGUUCAACUUGUCUCUGAGGUUUAUAACUAAAUAUAACUAGUAGGUGUAUAACACGG